UUGGACGUGUGGGACCUGAAGCAGCAGUUAGCUCGCAGCCAGUCCCUGUUCCCUGAAAACCCUUCAGUGUGGGUCAAAGACCUGGCAGGAUACCUGAACCUGAAGCUGACAGCACCGGACCAUGAGCCCACCCUCAGCAGCCACGCCUACGACUACCCUUACUGCCUGACAGGGAAAGAGCUGAGGAGCGUUAUCAAAGGUCUCAUGGGGCGCUGCAGCAACAUCCUGCCAGAUUUCUUUGACUACUGYGUUUACACAAUGCUCAGGGAGCUGGACCGACAGUCAGGAGAGCCUCUUCAUGGAUACAGAGUUUGUAUUCAGGCCAUCCUACAAGACAAGCCUAAGAUAGCCUCUCAGAACCUGCCAGAGUAUCUGGAGUUGUUGCGAUCGGUCCAGAACCGUCCAGUGAAGUGUUUGACCAUCAUGUGGGCUCUGGGUCAAGCUGGAUUCUACGACCUCAGCCAGGGAUUAAGAGUGUGGCUGGGAAUCAUGCUUCCUGUGCUGGGAAUCAAGUCCUUGUCUUCAUACGCCAUCGCCUAUUUAGAGAGACUUCUGCUCCUUCAUACAAACCUAACAAAAGGAUUUGGCAUCAUGGGUCCUAAAGAGUUCUUUCCUCUGCUGGACUUUGCCUUUAUGCCAAAGAAYGCCCUGUCACCGAGUUUGCAGGAGCAGCUCAGGUGUUUGUAUCCUCGGCUGAAGGUCCUGGCAUUCGGAGCCAAACCAGAGAGCACGCUGCACACGUACCUGCCGUCCUUCCUGUCCAGAGCCACCGCCCACUGUCCUGACGACAUGAAGAGAGAGUUACUCAGCAGCAUGACGGAGUGUUUGUGUGUGGAUGUUCAGAGUCUUGGAGUGUGGAGGCAGCUCUACACCAAACACUUACCACAGUCCAGUCUGCUGCUGAACCAUUUACUGAACUCAUGGAACAUUCUGCCUCCAAAGCUACGUAAAAACCUUGAAGAAACGAUCCAGUCUUUUCGAGUGACCAAUGAGGAAAUGAGAGACACUAAUGAGUCAGGAGAACUGCAGGAGUGCAACACACUGUGUCAGAACCUGCAGGUAAAGAUGCAGGGUCAUGGGUUUCCCUGGUCCAAACUGCUCCUGGUUCUGCUUGUGUUUGCUGCUGGUUUUGUGGUCCACGACAUCAGAUCUCAUGGCUCAGUGGCAGACUCCAGCACAGUUGUGUAUCUGCGCUCAUCAGGACUCACAACUGUGUCUCAGCAGGCCUGGAGCAAAAUAACUGUCUACUGUAAGCUGGGCUUCAGCUGGUUUGAGAGCGCUGCUCCCCGGUGUUACUCAGAGUGUGUGCGGGUGCUGGGACCAGUCGUGGAACAAGGUGUAGAAAAGACGAAAGCAGCAGCUGUUCUCAUCUCUGAUAACACCACACAGUUCCUGCUGUGGCUCAGAGAAACCACACCACUGCUCAUAGACUGGGUGUACACACACACUCCAGACAGUGUGUUCCAGGUGUUGGCCUAUUUAAAAGAGCUCCUCGUCUUCAUCCAUCAGAAUUACAUCCUGCCAGCACUGACCAGCAUGUCUGAGCAGCUACAGCUAGCAUGGACCAACCUGCAGGACUCCUGCAAUGGGGAGGUGUCGGUGUCGUGUCUUCAGAGCCACGCCCUGUCCUUCACAAACUCCACGUGGCAGCUGCUCCAACACACCACCUCAGCCAUCAAGACGUGGGCUCAGGAGCUUCUGACACCAGCAGGAUAACACAACACAACACAACACACACACACACAGUGUGUGCAGGCAGAUACUGUACGACACACUCUGAGCCUUUCAGUGUGACGGCUCCUCUGAAGCCAUGAUUGGUCAGAAACAUGUUUUUACCUUCYUGUCACUGCACGAUCUGCAGCUUUACUACUUUAUUCUCUGUUUUCUACAGCCUUCUGCUUUAACUCCUGAACUAUACAGAUGUCAUUUAUAGAAAAUACAAGUUUGUAGAUUUAUAAACAUUUUUAUUUAAAGAAAUAAUAAAAAAUGUUUUAUGAAGCGUGGUAAAGAGCAGGAAGAGAAACAUAAAGAAGCCACUUGGUUUAAACUGAGGACCACUUCAUUAAACGUGCUAACAGAAAGAAAGUGGUCCACAUGUUGAAGGGUUCAGGUGGACAGAACCUGAAGAGUCACUCGUCUGUUCAGAUUAAAUAAAUCUGUUUUCUGUCGUCCUGCUUGCUUCAUGUUUUCUGUUUUUUCUCUGUGAGCUCUCAGCAGUGAUCGUCUGAUUUGUGUUUGUGUGACUCAACAAGCUCGUUGUCGUCUCUGCAGCAUCCAGCUGACAUUUAAAAACACGAGGAGAAACAUGUCAGAGCAGCCCGUUCAGACGGCUCCUCGUUCAUGAGGCUGGAUGGAAAUGGCAACAACUAAAGUCUUAAUUUGUAAUGUGAAUCAUUUAUAAUAAAGAGGAUGAACCUGGUC